GAGCCGGGAAGCCCGGGAAGGAAUCCAGGAGUUGAGGAAGACGCAGGGAAAACCACGAGUCGAGAAAGAAAGCGAGGACAAAGAGGGAAACGGAAGGAGGCAAAAAGACUCGGAAGCGAACGACCGAGUCGCGAAAACGAAGCGCGGAAGCGAAUCGAAACGAUUUUUUUUUUCGUCAUGUCUACCAAUACGAGGGCUACGAGGUCGCGUUUCUCGAGCCCGCACACACAGCUCAGCAAUGGGUCCUUGGAACCAACGAAGAGUUCGGCGAAUGAAGGGCCCAAGACAUUCAUGCAGAAGUGGCUAGAACCGGCGGUGCAAAGCAGACCUAGCUAUGAGGACCACGGGCUGAUGCGAUAUGGGGUCACCGAGGGCAUGGUACCCCUGGGCGAGCUACCAAAGACGGCGGUAUUGAAGAAGAGGGGCAACGAUGGGGUUACGCCAGUGCGAAGAAUCAUCUUGAAGCAGAGUUCAGCGAACGCGGCGGCGGCGGCGGCGGCAGCAGCGUCAGCAUCAACAUCGGCGGCAUCAACAGCAGCGAAAAAUGCAGGUGCUGGCGGUGAUAGUGGAAACGGUGUAACUGCCUCAUCCUCUUUUUCGGCUCCUGCCCACUCGAAGGGGUCUGACUCUUCCCCUUCCACCACCAACGCAAACACCUCGCUGUUGCCUUCGUUGCCACCUUCACCCUCGCCAACUUCAACUUCACUUCCCACAAAGCAACCUCCUCCUCCGUUAUCUUCGGCCAAGACAGCGACGCCAUCAUCUUUAUCACCAGCGCUGCCUUCACCGGUUGAAAAACCGUCACGACGAGCGCUUCCAGCAAAGGAUUCGGACGACGAAUACGACCCAAAGGGACCCAUGGCGAAGGCGAGGUCUGCACGCACACCCACUCCUCAGCUGAGGAGGAGCUUACCCAGGGCUUCUGCUCGGCGGGCUUCGACACCUCGUAGCCAUCUCCAGGCUGCUGCUACAGCUGCUUCUUCUUCUCCUGCACCUGCACCUGCACCUGUACCUGUACCUGUAUCUGCACCUCCCUCGGAGCCUGAUGCUACCACUUCUUUGGCUACAAAUUCUUCCACUCCUGGUCCGGCGCCGAAGACUGAAAAUACGGGCGCUUCCCUUACCGAGCUGGCUGCCGCUGCGCCAGACAAAGAGCGUGUUUCGAAAGUCAUCGAGCACGCUGUGGAUGAAGCUCUCCGGCACUACCGGUAUCCUACGGCGUGGGCGUUGCGCACCCUUUACGAUGAAAACUCAUCCGACUCUCACUUUCUUUCCCUCGUCGAGUCGGUUUUUUCUCAGACGGCAGAGGAUAAAGAGGUCAGAGAAUUCGCAAAGCUCUUGGAGGCCAAGAAACGUGAAGGCAAGAAGGAUAACCGGGCCUGCUAUUAUUUUGUGCCUCCUGCUACCAACUCAAGAUUCACCCCCCACAAGCCAAAGCCUGCGCCCUACCGAAAACUCGUCACACUCAACCUCGACCUCACUCAGACGGACAAGGCCAAGUCCAAGUCCAAGCCGUCGCCUCCUCCGAAGGAGAAAGAUCAUCCCCCUCCACGUUUGCACAUACGCCUGCAUUCUCAGCCGCAGUCACAGUCGCAGUCACGGGCGCGCCCGGACUCUCAGCCCCGGGGAAACGCACAGCCACGAAAACCAGAAGAGAAACGCCAAGAAAAAUCGCAGCCCCAUUCAUCCUCCCAGGUGCAGUCGCAUCAAUCACAACAGCUGCAGUCCCCUACUUCCCCUUCCCAUCAUCAAGUAGUCGAUACUCCAUCCAAAAAACGUCAUCACCGCUCGCGGAGAGCGCCGCGUCUUCCUUUCGCCAUGCAUGCGUCAGGUGGCGGAAGCGGCACAGGCACAACAGGCACAGGCACAGCACCAAGCACCCCUUCAAGAAAGCGUGCCCGCAGAGGUUCCGCGUCGAGCGAUUCAUCAGCCCUUUCUGAGUUAUCCUCCUCGCCUUCUUUGCCGUCACCCACGCCUGCCUCCAAACGUCGCGCGACCGCAGCGGCUGUCACUGGUGGUGCUGUUGCUGCCGAUACUGUUGCUGCUUCGUCUCCGACCGGUCGUGUCACGAGCCAGUCGGUCAAGAAGGAGAAGGAUGACGGGCGACCAAUCCGACGCAUCACCACCCGACGGUCUUUGGCCAACGCGUCUGGCAGAUCCUCCCCGUCUCCCGCGGAUGCAUCUGCACAUCCCCCCAGCACGCCUCCGUCACCUUCAGUUGCGUCGUUUCCCAACCAAUCUACCGACCGAUCUACCGCGACCGCUGCUUCCAGGGCCAAAUCAACCAAGGUGGCUGCGUCGUCAAAAUCGAAGACGGGCAGCAAGGAACAGGAACCGGAACCGGAACCGGAGCCUCAACCGGAGCAAAAGGACGGCGAAGAUCACGAGACGGCCCGACGACGGGAUGCGCGUCAUCUCACCAACGAGACGCCACGGUCGGACAGCUUCGUUCGCGCACCUGCCAUGCCCGCUCGGCCGGAUAGGGCCACCGCCUCGGCCACUCCGGUCAUCUCGAUCAACACGACCGCCAGAAAGUCGGUUGAAGCAGAUGACGAUGAUGCAGAGUCCGAAGCUGCUGCAGGACAAUCAACACCCGCACCGGUUUCUUCCGCUACACGGAAUCGCAAGACGCGGAACUCGACAUUGAAUCUGCGGGCCACCAGAUCGGCUAAGAGGCCCUUUGACGAAGCCGACGCUAUUGCGCGCUCUCCCACCGCGUCUUCUCAGCCAGGCGAGCAGGGCUCUCAGGUCGGCUCGAGAGCAGUCACCCCGGUCAGCACUCGACCUGCCAAGAAGCAACGGACUGGCCUUCGUGUAAAGUCAUCACCCGUGAAGAAGAAGGGAGGCAGCGCAGCUGGCGUUCCUCGCCCCAGCGGAGAGGGCAACGCUACCGCUGCUAACGGAGUCCCAUCCAAUACGGAUGAGAACGAUGACUACUGCUCUGCAUGUGGCAACGUUGGAGAUCUCGUUUGCUGCGAGGGAUGCACCUCGUCAUUCCACUUUGAGUGUGUCGAUCUCGGCCAGGGCGACGAGCUUCCUCCUGAGUGGUUUUGCUACCCUUGCCGCAGCAAGACGGAAGUGGCCAGAGAACAAGGAGGUCCUUUUGGGCAGCUUCUCAGUCGGUUGGAUAGGACCAACCCACAGGCGUUCAAGCUCCCCAAUCGCAUCCAGGGCUAUUUUGAUGGUGUCAAGGUCGGCGUCGACGGCGACUACGAAGAGAUUGUCGCAGCUAAGCCAGCGAAGCGGAGAGGUGGUUACGAGGAAACACCCGAUUUCUUCAAGAUUUGCGAGCCCGAUGGGUCACCUGUCAUCUGCCACAGCUGCCAGUCUGCGGCUGCUGAUAACCGAGCCAUAAUCCCGUGCAGUGCGUGUGGCUUCUACUGGCAUCUUGACUGCCUCGACCCGCCCUUGGCCAUCCCUCCCGUUCUACGCACCUGGCGUUGUCCCGCUCACGCCGACACUCUACUCGCCCAGCUGCCGCAAGGUCUCGGUCCGGCGCAUCGCUUCCGUACCAUCAAAGAUGCCCCCGUGAUUCAGCCCGCUUACACCCGGGGGAUCAAGAAUAACGGCUUCAUCGAGGUGGAGGACGAGUCCGAGGAUGACUCGGGCUGGCACGACGUCAAUUCAUUUGGUCGCAUUUACAAACUACCCGCCAAGGGUAUCAUGCUCGACUUUCUCUCUCAGGUCCACAAGAAACGGAAGGACGAUCAUCAGGCUUCGCGACACGAGGAGCAACAGGUUUCCCACUUGCGCGGUACCGCUUCGGCUUCCGAUGCGGUUGUUGGCAAAGCCCAUACACGUGUGGCCGACAAGGGGAGUCAGGAUAUCCAAGAGGCGUCUCUUCUCAAGCCGCUUUCUGCCCGACCUAUUGAGGAAAUGCAGGCUGCACUCAACCUGGCUGGGCUGCACCAGACCGACUAUGGCGGUCUAGGACAACUGACACAAACCCUUAUGGUAUGUUGACGGCAGCUUCACGACUGUGUUUAACUAGUUCCAGGGCUGACGACUUCAAUUUCUCUCCAGGACAAUGCUAGCCCUGUUGUGCUCUCUCUCAUGGCUCGGGGCGAUGCGACGAACAUCACAACCGGCAACCUCGGCGACGCAGAAAAGCAAAGC